UGGACUACCACUAGCUCUCCUCCCCCACUAUAUACACUCAGUUUACAGCAGCUGCCUCCCAACAAGUUCACUUGCCACUAUGGCUUCUGCUGCAAAAUUGUUCUCUUUCCUCUUCUUCCUUGCAUCUCUCCUCUUCUCUCAACAAGCUCAAGCUAGAGAAAGCCAAUUCUUUAGCAAAGUGGCCAAUGUCAACAACAACAACAACUAUGUGAAGGAGACAGAGGUCCCCAAAACAGAAACCCCUGUGAAAAAGCAAGAGCAAGAGCCAGCCUUCAUUCCAGAGACCCAAAGUGGAUAUGGUCUCUAUGGCCAUGAGUCUGGCCAGCUGCCUCCCACCACCACAACCACUGGUGCACCCUACACCACCACAACCACCGGUGUACCCUACACCACUACCAAUGGUGCACAAUUCACCACCACCAACAACAACCUGCCAUAUACAGCUGAGUCAGAGAAAGAGCAGCAGCACACCAACAAGUACCCUGAGACCUACAGCACCCAAUACCGCCCCAACAAGAACAACUUUUACUACAAUGGCAACAAUUUUGAGAGCAACCCAAGUGACACAAGGUUCACACAGAGCAGCUACACCACAACCACAACCCCAACCAAUUACCAAAACACCCACUACAACUACAAUGCUGAGAAGCAGGGCUUGAGUGAUGCAAGGCUUACACAGAGCAGCUACACAACCCCAACCAAUUACCAAAGCAACAACUACUACAAUGUUGAGAAGCAGGGCAUGAGUGACACAAGGUUUUUGGAGAAUGGAAAGUACUACUUCGACCCUAGUAGCGAGAACAACUACAAUCAGAACCAGUAUGAAAAUUCAAGGGUGGUGGAUUCAAGAAACUGGUACAACAACAGGGGUAACUAUGGCAACAACAAUGUGAACCAGAACGAGGAUCAGUUCCAAGAGAGUGAAGAUGAGUUCGUGCCAUAAGCUGAAACUUGUUUUGAUUAGUACCACUUUGCUGUGUUUGAUAUAUUUGUUCUGAGAACAUAUAUUUAAGUGGGAGUUAAAAACACAAGAAAAAUAGAAUAUUUUAUGAAGGGUUUUUGUAAUGUUUAUUUAAUUAUGUAUCUGUUGUGUCUGGUUUUUCAUAAGUGCUAAAUGUUCAUGCUUUGAAAAAGCUGAAGUUUGUGGACUUGAGUUGAAACAAACAGUCAAUAAAGUAUAUAUGAUGGUAGCUUGUGCUUAUAA